AUGCCAGACGGCAAGCACGAUUACGAUCUCAAAACCUUCUUCCCGCUCUUCAGCAGCUACAUCUACAACCUCCUGACGGACGAGGAGUCGAUCCGCCACGCCGUCACAUCCGUCCUCGACGACUUCCUCGCCGAUGGCGUCGUCUACCUCGAGCUGCGCACCACGCCGCGCGCCACGGCCCGGCUCUCCGCCGAGGCGUACGUCCGGCUGCUGCUCGACGCCAUGCGCGCGUGGGAGGCCCUCCACGGGGACGCCAUGCACGUGCGCCUCAUCCUGUCGGUCGACAGGCGGCACGACCUCGCGACCGCGGAGUCGAUCCUCGCGCUGGCGGCGCGGCUGCGCUCCGAAGCGCCUCCCGACGACGACGGAUCCAACGCCGGCGCACGCAUCGUCGCCCUCGACCUCUGCGGCGACCCGACCGCGCGCCCCGACGGACAAGUCGCCGUCUUCACGCCCGUUCUCGGCGCGGCGGCGCGGGCCCCCCACGGGCUGGGCCUGACGGUGCAUUUCGCCGAGGCGGAGGCCAGCGGGUCGCGCGCCGAGCUGGACGUCUUGCUGGAUUGGCGGCCUGGGCGGCUGGGCCACGUCAUCUGGGAGGACGAGGAGGCGCGGCGGGAGAUUGCCCGGCGCGGGCUGUGCCUCGAGCUGUGCCUGAGCUGCAACGUGCAGGCGGGCAUGGUGCGCGGCGGCUUCGAGGGCCAUCACUUUGGCCACUGGCGCGGCGUCGACGGCCCGCGGCUGUCCCUCGGGACCGACGACGUGGGUGUCUUCGGCAGCCCCCUUUCCAACGAGUACCGCCUCGUCGCGCAGCACUUCGAUCUCGACCGCGGCCAGAUAUGUGCCCUCGCGCGGCAGGCCAUAGACUCCAUCUUUGGCGGCGAGGCCGAGAAGCAGAGGCUGCGGGACAUCAUGUGGCCUUGA